AUAUCUGUCUCCCUGGUUCACCACUUCAUCAAAAACCGCCUCCUUCUGCGCGCCUAUCUUUAGCUCCAGAGUCCCACUCGGAGUCUCCUUUACCCCCUGAAACGACUUCGUUUCACGUGCAUCCAUGCGUGUAUAUAUACACAUACAUACACAUUCUGCUCCAGGUACGAUCUCCCUCUCCCUCUCCCUCUCCCUCUCUCUCUCUCUCUCUCUCUCUCUCUCGCGCUCGCGCGCGCCUCAACAACCCAGGAACUAAAAGGGUUGUUGGUUCUUCAAUCAAACAUCAGAUUGCGCAAUUGGGGGUUCAUUUGCUAGCUGGGCAAUGGGCUCUACAAAUGGACGUGUGAGUGGACAAGGGAAGCAACCUCUGUUUUCUUUUGGGGUUAUCUCUGAUGUCCAAUAUGCUGAUAUUCCUGAUGGACGCUCUUUCCUUGGUGUUCCUCGCCAUUAUCGGCACAGCAUUCGUGUACUACAGAGGGCAGUUAAAAAAUGGAACAGCCACCAGAAGCUUGAGUUUGUGAUUAAUUUUGGGGACAUUGUUGAUGGUUUUUGCCCCCGAGACAAAUCUCUCACUACUGUACAGAAAGUUGUAGAUGAAUUUGAGAAUUUUAGUGGCCCCAUUUAUCACUUGAUCGGCAACCAUUGUCUCUACAAUCUCCCUCGUAACAAGUUACUACCAUUACUGAAGAUUUCUAGUCCUGACAGAUGUGCAUAUUAUGAUUUUUCCCCAACACCAGAAUACAGAUUUGUAAUCCUAGAUGGAUAUGAUAUUAGUGCCAUUGGUUGGCCUCACGAUCAUCCAAAGACCUUGGAGGCCUUAAAAUUUCUUCAGGAAAAGAAUCCGAAUUCUGACAAGAAUAGUCCAGUUGGAUUGGUGGGACUUGAGAGGAGGUUCCUUAUGUUCAAUGGAGCUGUUGGGAAAGAACAGAUGGAAUGGUUGGAUGGAGUCCUCCAAGAUGCGACAAAGUUAAAGCAGCGAGUAGUUGUGUGUUGCCAUCUGCCUUUAGAUCCUGAUGCAUCAUCUAAAGAAGCACUUUUGUGGAACUUCAACGAAGUAAUGGACUUGAUACACAAAUAUAAUUGUGUGAAGGUUUGCUUUGCGGGACAUGAUCAUAAAGGUGGUCAGUCAAUUGAUUCCCAUGGGGUGCACCAUCGAGUUUUCGAAGCUGCCCUAGAGUGUCCCCCUGGCACAGAUGCAUUUGGAUAUGCAGAGGCCUACGAUGACAGGUUAUUGCUUUUUGGUACUGACCGAAUGAAGAGCACUGAUAUGAUUUUCUGUCCUUCUGGCAAGUCACCAAGAAUAUGAACACACGGAAUCUUGUGGCUCAUUCUUUCUGAAAUGAUGUAGGGUGUACAAUAUCUCAACAGAAUGAUAAAUAUUUGUAGUGGAAAAAAGAAAGGUAUGAAGGGACUAAUAUUAUAAUAUUAUUGUACUGGGUUUCCUGGCAAGUACUUUGCAGUUGAGCAGUUAGAAAAUUUGUCAUGUUUUCUUCACAAAGAGGUAAGCAUGCAACUGAACAUUUGUAACUAGAAAAAAUUAUAUGGAAUUGUUAUUUGGCUAGAA